AUCUCUCUCUCUUUCAUAAGUAUAUGUUUUGACAAGAAAAAGCAUAUAGCACGUAGCAUUCAAGACAAUAGACGCAACCAAACCGAUAAGCAAGAAAAAAUAGGAGAAAAAAACACACACACAAAAAAAAAAGUUUUAGGUGUAAAAAAGAAAAGACUCAUUCAAUUCUAUUCACUCCCCAUUUCUUCUUUUGAACUCUCCCUCUUCCUCUCUCAAGAAUCAUAAUCUUCUUGCUUCUCAUUCAUUCUUCUCUUAAUUUUUUUUCUCAUUUUUUUCGGUUUUUUUUUUUUCAAAUAACCGAGAAAUUAUUUUUGAAUUUGAAGGGUCAUUGAAGAAUCCGCCAUGGUUUAUUAUGGCAUCUUCUUCUCUUCCAUGCUGUUUAUGUGUUAGCCUUUAUUAUUAUUAGCCCCACCAAUCACACUUGUCUAUAGCCAUUCCCAUAAAAUUUUGUCUUCAUAUAUUCAUUCAAAUUCAUAUUUUUUGAAAGAAAUAAAAUGGCAGUUCAAGCUCAAUACCCAUCAAAUGUUCUCUUUCUAAACACAAGUGUACAAGAAGGAAAGAGCCAAAUUUGCAACAAUUAUUCAUCAUUAGUACAAACUCAACAACCACCAAGUGUAGGUUUUGGUGAAGAAUCAUUUCUUGAUCCUACACAAAAGUUAUUCAAUCCAGGAGUUGAAGCGAAUUUGCGAAAAAGAGGAAGAGAACAUACCUUAGCUACUACAACAACAACAGUGAUGAAUCCAUUAAUGUCAAUGCAAUCUCAACCGCAACUCAUCGAUCUUACUCAGCUUCAUAAACAGCCAUCGAAGCAGCAACAACAAGAACAAGAACAAGAACAGCAACAACAAUGGCAACAAACAAAUGUAGUAUCUACUGGCCUUCAAUUAGCUUUCAAUGAUCAAUCGCAUAAACAACAACAACAACAUUUACAACAUCAGCAACAAAAACACUCUGUUUCUCCUCAGUCCUCUCAAUCAUCAAUUUUGUUCUCAAGAUUAACAGAUGAUUAUUUUGCCUUUCACAUCAAACAGCAACAAAUAGAAAUUGAACAUUUCCUUCAAGUCCAGGGAGAACAAUUGAGGCGUACGUUAGAGGAGAAAAGCAAGCGGCACUAUCAUGCGCUGAUAGGAGCAGCUGAGGAAUCAACGGCUAGGAGGCUAAGAGAGAAGGAAAUAGAGGUGGAAAAAGCCGCGAUGCGCAACGCUGAGCUGGAGGCGCGUGCAUCACAACUCACCGCGGAGGCGCGUGCGUGGCAAGUAAAGGCACGUGAACAGGAAGUAAAAGUUGCCACGCUUCAAGUACAGCUACAACAGGCUAUGAUUAACGGCUCAAAUAGCGGCUCAUAUAACGGCUCGGAGGAUGCUGAGUCAGCGUAUGUUGAUCCGGACCGGGUCGUUGAGUUUAAUGGGCCGGGUUGCAAGGCCUGUAGAAAGCGGUUAGCUUCGGUUGUGUUAUUGCCGUGCAGGCACUUGUGUCUUUGUAUAGAAUGUGAUGCUGUGGCCCAAUCUUGCCCAUUGUGUCGAUCCAUUAGAAGUUCAAGUGUUGAGGUUUUCCUUUGUUAGCGGCCCAAAUUGAAGCCCACUUAUAGGCCUAGUUCAUUCUGGUACCAAAGAGAUCAUGUUGGAUUUUCAAAGUUCAUCUCAUAAAAAUAACGUCCCGGCCACAUUUCAGUCAUGUCUUUUGAAAAAGUAAAUUUUUUGCGGGAUAUCUUAUUUGGAUAUUGCUAUUUAACUUGUACCUACUUUUUUUUUUUUUUUUUCAUAUUUACCUACUUCGAAA